UGGUAUAACACGUGGUUAUCAGCUGAUGCGUGCGCGUUCACCAUCUUCCAGUUCUGUUAAACAAUUUUGGACAUUACGUCAGUUAGAGUUUAGAUAUUGCCGGAGGUACUCAAGAAUGAUUUAAAAAUUGUAUUAAUAAUUUUAUAAAACAUAAAAAACAUGACAGAUAAAACACAAAAGUUGUCACGAUGGUACUUUGGUGGACUUUCCUCUGCAGGUGCUGCUUGUGUUACCCAUCCUUUAGAUUUAUUAAAGGUUCAUUUACAAACGCAACAAGAAGGUAAAAUAUCUAUAGUACGAUUAACAACAUCUAUAAUACAAAAACAAGGAAUUUUAGCUUUAUACAAUGGAUUAAGUGCGUCUUUGCUUCGUCAACUUACAUAUUCUACAAUGAGAUUUGGAGCAUAUGAAGUAGGUAAACAAACAUUUGAAACAUCUGGACAACCAUUAUUAUUUUAUCAAAAAUUGUUAUUAGCUGGAUUUUCUGGUGCAGCUGGGGGUGUUUUAGGAACACCAGGAGAUGUAAUUAAUGUGCGCAUGCAAAAUGAUAUAAAACUUUCACCACAAUUAAGACGAAAUAAAUUUUAUUUUAGUUAUAAGCAUGCUCUAGAUGGAGUAAUACGUGUAAUUCAAGAAGAAGGAAUACGUCAAUUAUUUAGUGGAUGCUCCACAGCAACAUUACGAGCUACAUUAAUGACUAUUGGACAAUUGAGCUUUUAUGAUCAAAUUAAAAUUAUAUUAUUAGAAAGUGGUUAUUUCAAAGAUAAUCCAAUUACUCAUAUAAUAUCAAGCAUAUUUGCAGUAAGUAAAUAUUACUUAUAUAUAAUUAUACUAAUAUUAAAGAAAAUUAUUUCAAAAUUUAAGAAUUUAAUGGAUUUAUUUUUGUAUACUGCUAAAAAUGGACCAUUUGCAUUUUUUAAAGGCUAUAUACCUGCUUUUAUCAGAUUAGCACCACAAACUAUUCUUACUUUUGUUUUUUUAGAACAAUUAAGAUCUAAUUUUGGAUUUUAUCCUUCUAAUGUUCCAGAGUCAUAAAAUUCAUUUAAUAUAAAAA